UCUUAAAUGUUUAUGGAGUGAACUACAUAACAUGGCGGAGUGAUCAGAAGGGCGUCAUAUGUGUUUUCCUUUUGGAGAAAGUGCAGCGAGUUUUGGAAUAAAGGAGGUAGAGCUAAACUGAGCUGGGGUGAAGGGUCUUGGGGGCAGCGUUUCUCCUGAAACUCGUUUUGCUAUUUAUAACGAUAUCGUGGACCCUCUUCGAUCAGUGUUGCUCGUAGUUUUCCCCGUUUGUUUACAUUUUGCUGAUUGCUUUAUGUGCCUUGUAGCAAUUACACGAACAUUCACACGCGCCGGGGGUCGGCUGGCAUUUCAGUAAUACAGCUGUCCUCCCAAUAUAAUGUUACCUAGCCAGGCUGGGUCGACACCAACUGGAAACGGGUCCGCGUCCGGCAGGGGUAACACGGGUGAAGGCUCUGGAGUGAUCGGAAGCGGGAUUCGUCCCGGCUUGGUCAGAGCAGAAUUAACCGCGACAGCGAUCAGUGAUAGCGGCGCUGGGGUUGGGCGACUGGGGGACGGGUCCGGGAUGUUGGGGGGAAACGGGACGGGAGUGGGACCCAGAGGCGGAGCCAGGCCGGGAAACGGGGCAGGACUGUCCAAUUUACAGGGCACCGGCCAAGGUGGUAUCGCUUGUAUGAACACCGGAGGUGGUAUUGCUGGGGGUGGACGAUUUGACCCGGACAGGGAAAAUGCAACACAGGUGUAUAGUGGUUCGGACGCUGAUUCAGACUCGGGGGACGAAGAAGACCCCUUAAGUUCGGUAGGCGAUAGCAGAAAAGGGGUAAAGCGGGAGAGAGCAGAGAUGGAAGCCGCUGCAGCGGGACAGGAGGCCGGAGCGCAACCCGGCGGCUAUGGUGUAGUCUCCGGCGUUGUUGCCGGAGCAAAGCCAGGAAAGAAGACCCGUGGCCGAGUGAAGAUUAAAAUGGAGUUUAUCGACAAUAAACUGAGACGAUACACAACUUUCAGCAAGAGGAAGACUGGCAUAAUGAAAAAGGCGUACGAGCUCUCUACACUGACGGGGACCCAGGUACUCCUGCUGGUGGCCAGCGAGACGGGCCACGUGUACACCUUCGCCACGCGCAAGCUGCAGCCCAUGAUCACCAGCGAGACGGGCAAGGCCCUGAUCCAGACCUGCCUCAACUCGCCCGACUCACCGCCCCGCUCCGACCCCACCACCGACCAGCGCAUGAGCGCCACCGGGUUCGAGGAGACGGACCUCACCUACCAGGUCUCCGAGUCAGACAGCUGCGGGGAGACUAAGGACACACUGAAGCCGGCCUUCACGGUGGCCAGCCUGCCCGGCACCACCAGUGCGCAGUCCACGGCCCCCACCACCUCCACCACCAUGCAGGUCAGCAGCGGGCCCUCCUUCCCCAUCACCAACUACCUGGCGCCCGUCUCCGCCAGCGCCAGCACCAACAGCAUGGCCAGCGCCAACGGCACCGUGCUUAAGGCUGGCGGCGCCUCGGCCGGCGUCAUGCAGCUGCCCAGUGGAUUCACCUUCAUGUCAGGCGCUCCGCUCCCCCCCGGCACCCCCACCAUUCCACUCACCCAGUUGCAGCAGCACUCUCUGGCCAUCCAGGGCCAGCCUGGCCAGACCAUCACCGCCGCGGCUGCCCAGACACAGCAGAACCAACAAGCUGUCUUCCGCUUCCCCGCGGCCGUCUCGCUCACAGGCGGAGGGAUGCCACAGCAGCUCCAGGCCAUCCAGGUGCACCCCACCACACAGCAGGCCUCCAUCAACUCCAGCGACAGCAGCCCCGAGGUCUCCCAGGCCCCCACCAGCUCCACCGUGAGUGUACCAGCCACCAUCGUCACCUCCUCAGUGCCCACCUCCAUGGCAGGUCACAUGAUGUACCCCAGCCCCCACACAGUGAUGUACGCCUCCACACCCACGCUCCCUGACGGCAGCUUGGCCGUGCUCAACGCCUUCUCCCAGGCACCUGCCGCCAUGCAGGUCUCCCACUCACAGGGCCAGGACACGGGUGCUGUUUCUCAGGUGUUCCUCACAGCGCCCCCGGGAACGGUCCAGAUCCCCGUCUCUGCAGUACAGCUGCACCCAAUGGUGAUUGGCCAGCAGUCCAGCAGCGGCAGCAGCAGUAACCUGACAGAGCUGCAGGUGGUCAACCUGGACGCCGCCCACAACGCAAAGAGCGACUGACGGACAGAUGCACAAACGCCGACCCAAGGACACACAGACGCUGUAUGAAUACAGACUGCCACAGUUAUUUAUUGAUGCCUUUCACAGUGUUUCUUUUGUAAACAUCUUCUACAAAUCUAUGUGUAAACAUUGAAGCAUAGGAAGGAGGUGAAGUUUUGACUUUGCGUCUUUUGGACCCAUUCUCGUUAACCUGAGAAUGUCUUUUUGUGUGUGCUUUAAAAAAAAAAAAAAAUAAAUUCUUGAGACUUGCACACACUGCAGGUGCUGUGGCUUCACACUUCUGCCAAAGAGACAUUGGUGUGUGAGUGUGUGUGUGGGCGUGUGUGUACGUGGGUGCGCAUGUGUGUAUGAGAGGAGAGUGUAAAUGGGCCAGAAUUGGAAGGUGUGAGAUAUAACAAAAUAUGGAAAUGUAUAUAAUUCUUUUUUAAAUUGAAACAAAAAUGAUAUUUUUAGCCUGUUUGUGCAAUGGCAUGUGGCCGGGUUUUUUAAUGUAUUGGUUUUAUAUGUAUGUAUGUAUAUGUGACUGACUUGCAGAAAUGGGUUAUUUACGCGUUAUGUAUGUGAACGAAUGUAAAAUAGGUGUAUAUUAUGUUGAUUUAUAUAUGCUACUAGGGAAUAAGAGCCAGGACAUUUUUCUUAAAUCGGGAGCCAAAGCUCUGUCGUCUUCUGUUCUAUUUCGACAGAAUAUUGUGCCAAAUAACCGAUGGUUCUGGACACAUCAUAAAUUCUGAGGGCGGUAUCUUAGAACAGAGCUCAUGCAGAGCCUUUCGCUGUUGGCAGUGCAAACAGGUGUGAGAGGACAGGAGGGUGUGGUAUUAUAAUCCAGCCUCCCUGUCUUGAUUUCUCAAGGGAUUUAAUAACAUUAAUCCAAUGUCUUUAUUUACUUGCCAGUUUCUGGGGAACUUCGAUGAAGUUUGCUUCACAUGGUCAGUAUAAACCAAUUAAGUAAAAAAAUUAACAUACACCAUGACAUUAGUGCAUGUAUUCCUGACCUUCCUGUUUUUAAAAAAAGAAGGAAAGACCCAUGGUAUGGAACUUUUGUGUAGGAGAUGUAGGUUUAGCACUAUGGUGCACUGUAAUGUUUUCCCCAUUGACAUGGUUGCUGUCCUGGUGAUAAGGAAAGAGCUUACUGAAGUCACUUAUUUGGAGCUCUGGUUCAAAUCAUUGCGGUGAAGGGACAGAAAUCAGUCCUCAUUGGUUGCAGGAGACUGUCAGACUGGGCCUGUCCCAGAUCAAACUCCUCUUACUAUACCCAAAUCCCAUCAGUGCCCAGUUGCAAGAAAGAGGACCAAAGCUGGUUCUGAAAUUCAGACAGGGAAAACUCAGUGAUGCAUUGCCUGUACUAAUUAUGUACCCAUCAAAUAUGCAAGAGUGCUUGCAAACACCCUCUUUGGAACUGUUUUUGUGAUUUGUAAAAUUAUUGUAAAU